GAACACGGUCCACUCCUGCCGACCAACGAUGUGACGACGACGAUGAGGCGAUGAGACGGCAGCUAGCACGCGCUGUAGAUGGCAUUCAGGUCGCGCAACGUUGCUGUGUGGACGCGCGUAUCGCUCCCGAGCUCGCAUCGAACGCGCUCACAUCCGUUGAACAUUUUAUCGAUACCAUUUUUUUUGUAACGAAGUGUUUUUAUGUAACCACGGGGUAAUGAACGAGUGCCUAAAAAUUAAGAGCUAGAUUUGUUGAAAGACUGCUUCCUUUCUGUCUUUGUUGUCGAUCGUAAAUUGAAUUUCUCUGUGACGUAAAACACAGUGCCGGUGAUAACGGGGUGUGAUGUGAAUAGUGCUGUUUACGCGAUGUGUUUGGGUUUGUAAGUGAAGCGGGUUGUGAUGGGGUUUGCCGGAAGUGGUGGUGCUGGGCGGGCGGCGCACGAGGCGCUGCUGGCGCGCCAAGAUGCCGAGCUGCGGCUAAUGGAGACCAUGAAACGGAGUCUUCAAGCCAAGAUGAAGAGUGACCGAGAAUAUGCUCUUGCGCUUUCCGCUGCGGCAGCACAGGGACAGAAAAUGGACAAGUGUGAGGAACUAAACGGCUCAGUAAUCGCGUCAGCAUGGCGCACCAUGACGGAGGAGUGGGAGAACACCAGCAAGCUUAUUCGUGCCAAUGCCGAAGCACUGGAAUCUCGAGCUUUGGAUCGCCUUACGUCUCUUAUGACCGAACGACGGAAAACUCGGAAGACUUAUCAGGAGGACCAUACCAAGAUCUCUGCUCAGUUUGCACAGUUAUCAGAAGAAGUCCAAAGAAAACAGAGCGAAUACCAGAAGUGCUUGGAGUCAUACAAGCAGAUGAGGGCGAAGUUCGAAGAGAACUAUCUUAAAUGUCCAACGAGCAGAGGAGGUCGCAAGUUGGACGAGACGAGGGACAAAUAUGGAAAGGCGUGUCGACGACUGCACCGGGCUCACAAUGAAUAUGUCCUGCUUCUGGCAGAGGCGACGGAGUGUGAACGAGCGUUACGUAGUGCCGCGUUACCAGCAUUAUGGGAUCAUCAAAGACGCCAAGGAGAAGCCACGCAUGCUUCUUGGAAAGGGAUUCUAUUGGAAAUAGUGCAGAGGUCGGACUUCGGUACGGAAAAGUUUAAAGAAAUCCAAACCAAAAUGGACAACGCAGUCCAGAACUUAAAACCUCAGGAAGAAUACAAAGAAUUUGUAGAAAAAUACAAAUCACCCCCCUCCACGCCAGUCUCGUUCACAUUCGACGAGAGUCUAGUCGAAGACACGAGCGGAAAGCUGCAGCCGAACCAACUAACUGUCGACAAUCUCACAGUGGAAUGGCUGAAGGAGAAACUCAUAGAACUAGAAUCAACGUUACAAGACAACAGGGAGAAGCAGAUAGCGCUGCAAGGACCGGAAAUCAUCGGGAAUGGGGUCUGCAAAAAUAAUAACACCGGAUUAACUAAUGGUGUUAAUGGGAUCGAUAGGCAUUCACCUCCGCCUAUUCCAGUAACUACGUCAGAACCUAUAAAGUUGUUAGAGCUGAAGAUUGCUGAACGCAAGUGUGCAAAGCAAGCAGAGAUGAUCAGGUCAGCGUUAGCAGAAUUAGGAUGUGAGGAGGCGCCUAGCGGUUGUCCGGAUCUCUCCACCGAGACCGUGGGCGUUGACAGCCUCGAUGGUAGCUCGCCUGAUCACCAGGAACGCUCAUCGAUUGGAUCGAAGGCGUCAGUGAACACGUUGCGCUUGCACCUACACUCCAUAAUACCGCCGAAACCGUUCUUUCGACUUUUUACGCGACCAUUCCGCCGCAAGUCCGUGCCUUCGAGCCCAGCGCUACCGCCAAAGACUUACCGGAGCAGUAGCGAAGGCCCAUCUGACUCGGUAAAGGUCGUCAGGACACUUCGCAAAAAGCGGAUUAUCAUCUUAAAGCGCCGCUUGCGAAAACGUUUGGAUGUCUAUGUGCAUUGCCGUGUGGAACGAUCUGGCGUUUUUCGGAAAAAGAGACGUAGCGAUGUUAGUUCUAACAGUGUGGUCAGUGUGAGUGAAACAGAACGCUCACUGGUCGAACAGGAAUGGUUCCAUGGCGUCCUGCCGCGAGAGGAGGUGGUGAGAUUGCUUCGCGCCGACGGCGACUAUUUAGUUCGGGAAACUACCAGGAAUCAUGCCCGACAACUCGUGCUAUCCGUUUGUUGGGGACAGCAUAAGCAUUUCAUUGUACAGACUACGCCUGAGAACUGGUCAUUCCAGGGCCAUUAUCGUUUCGAAGGGGCAGCAUUUCCGACAGUCGCGGAGCUGAUAGCAUGGCAGCGAACAAGCGGAGUCCCAGUCACUGCGCGCUCUGGCGCUUUGUUGCGGAGAGCUGUACCAAGAGAAACGUGGGAAUUGAACAACGAUGAUGUCCAGUUGUUGGAUAAGAUCGGCCGGGGUAACUUCGGAGACGUGUACAAAGCGCGACUAAAAACAACAGGUCAAGAAGUAGCAGUCAAAACCUGUCGAGUGGCAUUACCAGAAGAACAAAAACGGACUUUCCUGCAAGAAGGCAGGAUACUUAAACAGUACCAGCAUCCCAAUAUAGUGAGGUUGAUCGGUAUUGCGGUACAGAAACAACCAAUCAUGAUAGUGAUGGAGCUCGUGUCAGGUGGUUCCCUGCUUACCUUUCUUCGAACAAGAUCAGCGACGCUCAACUCCCGGUCACUAUUGGCAAUGUGUCGAGACGCGGCCGGUGGAAUGCGCUACUUAGAAUCCAAAAACUGCAUACAUCGCGAUCUAGCAGCUCGCAACUGUCUGAUUGGAGACGAUAACAUUGUAAAGAUAUCCGAUUUCGGCAUGUCCAGAGAGGAAGAGGAAUAUAUUGUAUCUGGUGGCAUGAAGCAAAUACCUAUAAAGUGGACUGCGCCAGAGGCUCUUAAUUUUGGUAAAUACACUUCCCUGUGCGAUGUAUGGAGUUAUGGUGUUCUCAUGUGGGAGAUAUUUUCGAAAGGAGACACUCCUUACGCGGGUAUGAGCAAUUCAAGAGCACGAGAAAAAAUUGACACUGGCUACAGAAUGCCAGCACCAGAAGGAUGUCCCGAAGAUGUAUACGCCUUAAUGCUACGAUGUUGGGAGUACGAACCGGACAAGAGGCCACAUUUCCAUCAAAUUUAUACAAUUAUUGACAGUAUUUACAAUAGGUAAUAUCAAAAGCCAACCUAUAAUAGUGGACGGAAAUUUGUAUGUAUUAAAGAUAAAUGUCAGAUUUUUUAGUCAGUUUUGGAUAUUUUCAAGUCUAGAUACCAGUAGCUAUCUAAAGAAACACUUUAGACCGCGUCACCUUCCGUGGAGAGUUGCCAUUUGAAAGUGACAUGUAUGAAAGGAAUGCAUUUCUAAAUAAAAAUUAGUGAAGUGUUAUAAUCUUAAAAAUGAAAACGCCAAUUUAACAUUAGUCCCAUUAUUAGUGGUUAGAUCGCGUGACUAACAGGGAAAUUUAAAUAUAUAAUUUGUAAAACAGCCAGAAGAUUGUUUUACAAUAUAGUCUUUUAAUAACAUACCCAUAAUUGAUAAAAGAAGGUAUCUAAUUCCACGUUUAACGGAAUAACAUCGAAUCAUUUUUUGAAGUCCAAAAAAAUAAAUUUGUAUCAACUUAGAUAUUUAUUUAAAUAACGUAAUUGAUACGUAAAUAAAAGAGGUUCAAAGAUGUAAAGGAAAACAACACCCGUAUGAAAUUCAAGGCCAUACGCUGUAGCGUCAAACUAGAUCAAUAUUUUUAAAAUACAAAAAAGUUCAACAAUACAAAAAAUUAUGCUUAUGGUUGGGUGACACAUAAUAGCGUCCUAUUGGCGGCACACUCAAACCAAUUACAUAUUUAUGCUCAAGUGGAAAUGACUCCAAAAAUUAAAAAUUUAAGGUAACCCUGUAUUCGCGCGUCUAUAUUGCGUUAGAUCAAAGAAGUGUGCAGUUGUGUAUAGCCUAUAUAUAGUUGGCGUCACUUCGCGCGAAUGCGAGCUAAACUUAUUUUAGGAGCAUAUGAUUCUUUCCUUGUCCGCAAGAAAAAGGCAGAUUUAAUUUAAAUUUAGAGCUGACAAAUUAUUCCGGCUUUAAUUUGCUAUUCGAUACAUUUCAUGUAUUUUGUCUAAUUUUAAGAGCAUGUCGUCAAAAGUCGAUUAAUUUCAUAUCUCUAAACUUAAAUCUGAAAAAGUAUGUAUUUAAUUAACUAAAGACUAACGCCAUACCUAUCAAAAUUUAGCCGCGUACUUUCAGCUAACACGGAUUGCUAUUAUGCCAUAGAUAUCAUAUCUAUGACAAAAAACUGCUCUCUGAACUUCGAAUACUCUGAAAAUCCGCGGUUUAGCUAUGGUAUGUGUGGUGCUAAGUUUAAUUUGCGGCCCCUUGAAUUGAAUGUUGUUUGGUUGACCUAUGUUACAGAUAAAGAUUCUAGUAUUUUUUUUAUAGUAAUAAUCGGAUUGCGUCUAUAAACGCAGUGUUGAUCUCUUACGCAUAUACGUCUAGCGAUUGUGGUUGUGUAAUAAUUAGCUUAAAAAGUAAAGACUGUAGAGUUCGAUUUAGAUCGUCACUUUGUUGUCACAACUAAUUCGAGUGCUCCGAGGCAAAACCCAAUAAGUGUGUGAAUUAUUAUAAAACGAGUUAUUUUUUUCUUUUUAUUGAGGAACAAACAGUCUCAUACAAUUAUAAAAUAUAGAGUUAUCUAACUCAUUGUAGUGUACUUUCAUAUUCUUUUAAUCUAAUAAGAAAAUUUAUGAGUGUAACCAUAGUAGGGAUAAUAGAGUAUGGUAACUCCAUACAAACGUAGCAGCGCGACUUGUACGUGUGCACGCCCGUCGCGUGCACGGAUGCACACUUUCGCGGUGCACUCGCGUUACAUAGCACGGGACGUCUCAAGUGCCGUUCAUUCUAGAAUUGUAGCGUUUGUUUGGUGUUUAAAAAAUUACAUCAAAAAGUAGAGCGUGUUUAUUGUUGUGUUUGUGGUUGUUUGAAAAGGUGCCUCAAAAUAUUGUUCAGCAUUUCACUUCUAUUUCGUAAUCGUACUUCAUAAUCAAGAAACCAAUUCGCGAUGCUGAUAUAGAAAUAUCAAUACGUAACUACCUACUGCAUUUAAUAAAGGUUACUUCAAUAUAGCACGAGAUUACUGUGAUGAACACCUGAAUAUUUUCAAAUUAUGUUACAACUUGUAGGUAAAACUCAUGCUCUAAGGCAUAGUUUCCCAAAGUGGUCGCAAUGGGCGCUGAACAGUCCUAGGGUGGUAGCACCCAUAGCCAUAGUAGUAGCAUUUGAAAUAAUAAACCUAAAUUAUCUAUACAAAAUACACUACAUAAGUAUAUUUUUUCCUUGUGAUUUUUUGUGUCAACAAAAUUAACGUAAUAAAUAUAACUUCAAUUAUUUUUGUGUCGGUGAGCGUGGAAAUUUUUUUAUCUUGCUUAUGUAAAACUUGCCGGUGAGCGAAAAAGUUUGGGAACCUAUGCUCUAAGGUAAAACUAAAAUAAUAAUAUAACAACCCUACGGCCAGUGCGAAGUGUAGGUAGGCAUUUAAGCGCCGAACAGGCGGGAGUUGCCCUAUUCGCUCUUAAUAUACUAUGGUGUAACGUGCAUGAAAGUUAUGAAAAGUUGAGUUACAUAACAAAUUUCACGAAAGUUUACACUGGGUCUUGCCUAGGACCCCUCGAUUCAUUCUAUUGACAACGCAAUUAAUACUAACUCCAUCAUAUUAGGAGCUAAGAGAACUUUCUCAGUCUUUACGUACUGUUAUGGAAGUUUUUAUAUGUGUGAAGUGUGAGUGUUAUAAGAGUACAACCUUAAUAAAUAGUAAUUAAUUUGUAAAUGUAUUGGGUAAUAAUAUUACUGUAAACAGUUAUUUCGGGACGUAUGUAUGAUAAAUAUCCAUUUUAAAUGUAAUUAUUCAUAUUUUUUAUAUAAUUAGGGUGCUUCAUAUCAACAUCGCAGCGGAUUUAAUAUAAGUAAAUGAGAUGUUUAAAAUUGUAUUGAAAUGUGGCAAUUAUGGACUUUGUGAUAUGAUAUAAUUUGUGCUUCCAUUGUGUAUUUUCUAACAAACAAAUGAAUAAAUAAUUUUACUUUGCUUUUUUGUCUUGAAUGUAAUAAGUUUGUUCUUUACUCGUAAAGUUUGUAUAGUCUAAAUUUUUGUAUACAACAAAUUAGUUUCUUGCCUCAGAAAUGUGCAUGAAAUAAAUUACUUAGGUUAAGUAUAAUACAAAGUGAGAUAUUGUUAGUUUAUUGCGUUUAGUUAUAUAUUUGUAGACGUACGAAUACGAAGUGACUGUAAAUACUUUUUAUUACAUAUUAAAGUGC